GCUCAUCUUUACUCGCUGUCUCAACACUCACACACUCAACCGGUGCAUCUGAUUCUUCGUGAAGGUUGGCUGUGAGGUUAUGCGUGUUUCGUGCCUUCACUGCUCGGUGUUCCAGCACCGCGCCCGGAUGGAAAUGUGUCUUCCGGGGAAAAGCUGCUUUCAGCCAACGAGACAGCAAGCACAUCGCGCCGCACAGCCUGGACAUCUGCAACUUUCAACAUAAGCGCGUGCCUUUCUGAGAACGCAUGCGGUUUGAGACGCAGAUCUAUGGCCAGACCUAUGCGUCCCAGAGGGGAGAAGAGCCGUGGAAAAUCUGACAGAGGCCCGUAAGAGCUCAAACCUCUAAUUUUGCUAUUUCAUUCUGAUCUCAGUGCCGUCAUUCAUGGAUGUGCACGCAGAGGCGGGUCCGUUGCACGUGCAGACGGUGGAUGAGCCACCGGGAGGCGCCACCGUUACCAUCGCCGCCGCUGAGUUUCAGGUCCAAACGGUGCUGAAGAGCGAUGGCGAGCUCAGCGAGGAUGACCUACAGUCGGGCGCUGGAGCUCAAACACCGGCAGCGGGUGAUCCGAUCACAGAGAUCGAGAGCGAGGAGGGUGCGCGGCCAGGAACGGACACACCGGCCGAGGACAUCGUCGGGCAGAGCGCGGGGAAAACGGAAACGAUGGGCUCCAGUUGCAGCAACGAGAGCUGCAUCCCGACUCCAGGCUGUCGAAUCUGCUUUCAAGGAGCCGAACAGGGGGAGCUGCUGAGCCCGUGCCGCUGUGCCGGAUCUGUCCGACAUGCUCAUCAGCAGUGUCUGCUCAAGUGGAUCAGUGAGAAGGGCUCCUGGAGCUGUGAACUCUGCAACUAUAGAUUCAACAUCCUGCCUAUACAUAUCAAACCACCACAACAGUGGCAGACUGUCACCAUGACUCUGGUGGAGAAGGUUCAGGUUAUUGCAGUGUUGCUGGGUGGCAUCUUCCUGUUGGCCAGUGUAUCAUGGCUGCUGUGGUCAGCAUUGAGCCCAGAGGCAUUAUGGCAACGCAGUGACAUCCUGUUCCAGAUCUGUUACGGCAUGUAUGCAGUCAUGGACCUUGUGUGUAUCGGUCUGAUUGUUCAUGAAGGUGGUGCUGUGUACAAUGUGCUGAUGCGCUGGCGAGCUGUUAAUCUCUUCUGGGAUGUCCAGAACUACGAUAAAAGCCGUGACCUGGAGAACACACACAGCCCGCACCGUAACCUGUGGCUGCCUCUCACACACACACAUACAGUCUCCAACACACACUCACAAACCACCCGACUGGAGUCAUCGCCUCGAUGCCCUCUUCGCCUCCUCUCCAUGUGCCUGAACGUGACCUCUGACCUUUCCCCGCAGGAGCAAGGCGUUAGGGUCACGUCAGUUUGACACCAAAUUAAACUCAUUCAGGGACCAAUCCAAAAUCCUUUGUGGGAGUGGCUAACUAGUGGGAGGAGCCUCAGUGUUGGGAGGAGCCAUACUAGAAAAGCACUUUAGAAGAUACGCAAACUGAAUUGAAUACAGAAUGAUGUUGUAUUGCAAACUGAACAGAUGUUUCCAGCCUGAAGUUCUGGAUCAGCCUUUGAGCAUCAAAGUAAGACUGCAAAGUUCUCCGCACACACACAGACUUAUACAAAAUUCUAAUGCACACAAAAUGUAUUACUGCUGUUAGACGAAUGAAUGUUUGUUUUAAACCAACUGUUUUUAUGUUCAGGUUUUUAAUAAUUUCAGUACUGAAAAACUACAGCUUAUCACAGCUUCGGUUCAUUACGCUUUACCUGCCAUAAUGUACAGGUACCACAGUUACAGGCUUUUUCACAUUAAGCUGCAUUUCCACUAUCUCAUACUCAGACAUAUGUGUGUAAUCCUUACAUUUUGCCCUUGUGGCAGCUGCAUGGUAUUUUCAAAUUGGUUAUGAAGCAGCUGUUACCCUUUGCUUAUUCACUAUUGUAAAAAAAAUUAAUCCAUACAAAACAAAUGAGCGCAGAUAAUGACAACACUUCUGAAAACAUUGAUUUCACAAGUAAGUAGUAUAGAAAAUUUGCAAAGGGGUAGCAAAAGUUGUUGAGAAAAGGUAAAAAAAAUUUAAUACCAAAAAAUUAUUUAGGUUUAUGCAUCUAGCAGACACUUUCAUCCAAAGAGCAUAAGUAAUUUGUCAUAGAGCCAACAAUAUUGACAUAUCAUAGCAGGUUUAUUAGAAAGCUAGAUUAGGAAACAAGCUAAAAGCAGAGGUGAAAUACUAUGGAAGCCCAUUUCAAUCACGGUAUAAAAAAUAAAAAUGGUAAUCAUGACUUUUUAUCUCCAAAUUCAGAAUUGGGAGAUAAACCUUGAAUUUGCUCUUUUUUUAAAUUCCGAGUUUACAGUACUGAGUUUUCCCUCUGAAUUCUGAGUUAACGUCUCGCAAUUCUGUUUUUUGUUUCCACCACGGAAUAAAAAAAUAAAAAGGUAUUCAAACUUUUGUUCUCAGAAUUGCGAUCUAUCACAAUUCUCAGUUUAUAUCUUGCAAUUCUGAUGAAAAAAAAUCACAAAUUGUUAGAAAAAACUCAGGACUGCAAGAAAAAGGGUCUGAAGUGUGAGUUGCAGUUACCUUUCUGGGCUUCCAUAAAAUGCAGAGAAGAAGAAGAAAAAAAGAUGACUGUUGUUAUUUAAAUAUUUUGGGAAAUGUCGUAGUGUUCGUCUGUGUAUGGGUAUUGUGGGUGGUUGAACAGGAGGUCUCAUGUGCUCUAGAUGCAAAAGUUAAAAAAAAUUUCAACAUCUCCGAAAAUCAAAUUGGAUCUGAAUAUUCUGUAUACAGUAAGAACGCCACACAGCUCCUGUACUACUUUAUAUUGAAAACAAAAGACUUCAGAGAUUAAUGCCAAGGAGGUAGUGGAGAAACUAAAAAGGAUUGCAAAAGAUUAACAAACAUUAACUUUUGCUGCAGUGGAUUCUGUUGUAAGCAUCCGUGUCAAUUCAUUCUAUUCCCACCUGAUUUUAAAUGACCCUCAGAAAGAUCUUACACACUGUCAUCUGUCAAUGCUUAAAUGCCCUACAUCUCAUGUUGCAUAUAUUACAGCAAAAAACUAACUGACUUUGGACUAUUAGUCUAGACUCAUACAAAAUUCAUGAGGAAAUGGAGUUGGUGGUUAGAUAUUGUGAUGCCUGGAAGCAUUUUAACCAUUGUGCCCUUAAGAUACCAAGCCCUGGUUGAGGGAUUUCAGAAGCGUUCGAAGACUGAUAUAAAUGUAAUAUAAAAUGUUACGAGUGAAAUAAAUACAAAUAUUUUUUAAAUCAUAAGCACAUUAAAAAUCUUCCUAAGCAGCUCAAGUCUACACCGAAAAUGCAAAUCAUCACAGGAAUACUAAAAAGUUAACGGAUUCCAUCUGGGCACAUUGCGAUUCUGUCCUUGAAACUUGAUCAGCAUUCAUGUCUUCUGAUUCCAGCCUUCCAGC